CGGCGUGCGGCCGGCGGUGCCCGAGCCGUGACUCGUGACGCCGCCAGUCCGCAGCGCGCGCUCGCGGGGACGCCCGCGUCACUCUCGCUCGCGACCACAACGAACACGCUCCGUACUAUACCGUCCUCCUUAUAGUAUCCCGAGAGGCUGUUCCCACCCAGCAGCGGCAUGCUGAUGGUACAGAGCAAUGCCCAGCUCCCCAUGAAACCCACCAAAGUGAAGGGCCCGCCGCCCGUGCCGCCGCGGCCCAACCAGAGCGUGGUGGCCGAGGCGCUGGCCAAGACGCGCAAGGCCGUCGCCGACUCCAGGGCCCACCUGAAGUCACCCAGCAGCUCGAAGGAGAAACACUUCGUCAAGUCCAAAACGUUGGAGAAGUCCUCGUCGCUAGACAAGCCCAGUGUCACGCCGAAGCAAAACGGACUAGCGCGGGUCAAGUCCUUCAUCCGGGACGUCAUCAGCGACCGGAGCUCCUCCUCCGAUGAGAGGAAAUCUAGUGGAACCAACUCGCGGAGAAGUUCUAGUGACAGUAGCUCGAUACCCACUUCCUCUUCUGUGAAAAAAUCUAACGAAUCUCUUAACUCUAAAGCCGUGAAAACAUGUAAACAAAUAUUAGUGCGUUCGCUCUCUACUUCGAACAAAUUGGAACAAGAUAGCAAGUGUAAAGUUAUUAAAUCGUCCAGUUUUGCCGAUAAAACUAUACCAAUCAGGAAAGCUCCUCCGCCGCCGCCAUCACCAAAACCUAAGUUAAAACCAAUAAAGCCUUUGCCGUUAAGACGAAACACAUUAGAGAAUAAAGUAUCCCCUAAGUCCUCGCCAGAAUUAAGUGCAUAUUCAUCGCCGAUAGAUGCCAAGCCACCGAAGACGCCCGUUGCCGACGCCCCCUACGCAACUGUCGCGGAAAUACAGGACUUCGACGACCGACUGAGAAACAGCCCGAGCCGGCAGGAUGUGAACACAAGCGACCCUCCCGCUAAGAACGGAACCACUACAAAGCCGGCCGCACACAUCAAUAACAAUAACAAUUCCUUAGAACGAAAAACCUCGCGUGUCACUGAAAUGCUCAUUUCUGAAAUACUAGCCAGCAGGAACAAUAACAAUAAGAAUGAAGCUAACGCAGUAAUUGACAAAGGGAAGAGCAAGGAAUUUAAUGGUGAUGGGCAUCUUGAGUCAGAUAUGCCUAAAGAUAUGAAUAAUCAUGAAAUGUUGAUUUAUGAGCUUCAAAAUAUGCGAUCUCAAUCUAAUGUCCCGCAGACCAUGGAGUCUCGAGAGUCCGUGGAGAAGAGCGACACGGACAGAUGUGAGGACGAGGAGGAUUCGGAGCCGAAUUACGCGCAGUCCUCGGAGUCUGGAGCCAACACUGACGAUAGCGGCGACCAAGCGUACGCUUACAUCUUAGACGAUGGCCUCAAAUCAAGGUUGCGUAAACAGUUCCGCGCGAUCAGUACGAUGUCUCUCCAGGGGCUCCCCCCGCUGCCCAAGAGCCUCAGCGGCUUCGCGGACUGCAUGCAGACGGAGUCUCCGCAGUCCCCCGCAGACACCCCCGACAAACCCCCCACUGACCUGGACGGCCAGCUCACGUAUCUGAAGAAAGAAAUGGCUAGCCUGAGACAGCUGGACCUGUCGCUUCUGUCGGAGCUGUGGUCCUUGUCUGAAGCCAUGGCGGCGUGGCGGCGACAGCUGGAGCGUGGGCCGAGACUGCGCCCCGCGCCGCCGCCGCCGCCACCCCCUCAUUACCUCAGAACCUAAGAAUUAGACUAGUGUAGGGUCCUGCCUUUGGAUGUCUAAAUGCAAUGUUGUAUUUUAUUAAAUCGCACGAAAAAUUAGUUGGAGGGAGGCAAUGUAGAUUUAUUUAUUCUGGCAACACUGAUGUAAUCUGGUGGGUGGUCUGUGGAUUCUUUUCGUCGGGUAGAAUGAAGCGGACCAAAUGAAAACAGGUCAUCGCGCACUUAUUAAACCACCUAUGAUGUCGGCAUUUACCCCUAAAAUUUAUUCCAAUGUUUCCAGUUUCUCACCUAAUGCAAUAAAUAAGUAAAUCUUUAUUUAAACCAUUUGUAAGUAGACGUAACUUUUUUUGCAUCCACGCCAUAGAUGUUACUGUAUUUAAAAAAUAUUAUGUUUAUCACGGACUUCUUGUGUGUAACAACUACUUGCGAUUGGUGUAUGUGUAUAUGUUGUGAGUGUGAAAUAAAAAUAGAUAUAAGGUUUAACCUAAUAAAUACAAGUUAUAACA